AUGCCAAAGAUCAAUGAAGUGGAGUCUGAUAAGUGCCCCUGUGGGGAAGGAUCCUCUCAGACGCCGAGACGCGUCUUGCUUCAAUGCCAGACAUACGGCGUAUUGAGAAAGCGUCUAUUUGACCAGUUGCAUCGAGCAAUUGGGCCAUUUGAGCUGUCUAAUUAUGACAGCAUCGUCUCUAACCCGUUGGCAACCCGCUACGUUCCCAAAUUCAUGCACCAAACCGGUCUUCUUGCUCAGUUUCAACACGCUGAUCAAGAAGAGUCCGAUGAUGAAUCCGGAGACCAUGAGGCCAUGGAGCAGAGUCCCGAAGACGCUGGGCACUCACCACCGCUUGCCACCACGUUUGAGGAAGGAGAGAGCCUCACUCAGCUAUUCGAAUACACACUGCCUGGCUGGGCAAUGAACAACGAUAAUCAGCAAUCGAGGCUGAAGUGA